AUGACUUCAGUACCGAUUCACACCUCUGUCAACGGCGAGAAUGGCACGAAACCAGAAGGAAAGAAGCACAUUCUUCUCAACGCGUUCGACAUGUCCACCGUCGGGCAUCUGUCCCCCGGUCAAUGGAAGAAUCCCGAAGACAAGUCCGCCACGAAACGCGAGCUGAACUACUGGAUCGAACUGGCGAAGUUGCUGGAGAGGGGCGGCAUCAACUCCCUCUUCCUUGCGGAUACCUACGGUGGCUAUGACACAUAUGAGGGCAGCCUCGAUAACUGCAUCCGACGUGCUGCUCAAUGGCCAAUGACUGAUCCGACAAUUCCCAUCAGUGCCAUGGCUGCAGUGACGAAGAAUCUCUCAUUUGCCAUCACUGCUUCAACCUCCUUCGAGCCACCAUUCUUGCUCGCGAAGCGCUUCUCAACUCUAGACCACUUUACUAGAGGUCGUAUCGGUUGGAACAUCGUCACGUCUUGGAAGAAAGCUGCGUUUAAGGCCAUCGGCCUGGAUAGCCCGAUCCCUCACGACGAACGUUAUGCCCAAGCGGAUGAGUAUCUCAGAGUUCUGUACAAACUCUGGGAAGGCUCGUGGGCAGACGAUGCGAUCUCACCAGAUCCCGUGAACGACAGCUACGCCGACCCUGACAAGAUCCGAACGAUUCACCACCACGGAAAGUUCUUUGAUCUCGAUACCCGUCAUAUCGUCGACCCUUCGCCCCAGCGGACCCCUUUCCUCUUCCAGGCAGGCACAUCGGCCGCCGGGUCCGAGUUCGCGGCAACCCAUGCCGAAGGCAUAUUCGUGUCCUCCCACUCGCCAACGCUUCUGAGACCCAAAGUCAAGGUGAUCAGAGACCGCGCCGCAGCACUCGGUCGAGACCCCCAGUCUGUAAAGUUCUUCGCCACAUUCACCCCUAUCGUGGGACGUACCGAUGAGGAAGCCAAGGCGAAACACGAAGAACUCAAGAAGUAUGCCUCCGUGGUGGGCGGCUUGGUGCUCGUCAGCGGCUGGACCGGCAUCGACUUAUCGAAGAUUCCUGUCGAUCAAGAAGUCACAGCAGCUGAUUCCCUCGAGGCACACAAAGUGCGGAGUAUCCUGGACGCCUUCACGGCUACAAGCGAGCACGUCCCGAAGUGGACGCCCCGCGUCAUUGCCGAGAGGGCGGCUAUCGGCGGUCUCGGUCCGGUAUCUGUCGGAAGUCCACAGAAGGUGGCGGAUGAGAUGGAGUAUUGGAUCCGUGAAGGAGACUUGGAUGGUUUCAACAUCGGUUAUGUAACAACUCCCGGGUCUUUCGAAGACGUGGUCGAUCUUUUGAUCCCCGAGCUGCGUCGACGCGGCCUCUACCCAGAGGCACCCGCUGAGGACGUGCAGCUGACAGCGAGAGAGAAGGUCUACGGCCUAGGCCAAAAGGGCUUGAGGAGUGAUCAUCCUGGAUCUACGUACAAGUAUGAUGUCUACAAGGAGGAGAAUGGGGGCUCUGAGGAGUCUACCGCCGACGCUUGA